UUGCAACACUGGGCUCUAGAUAGGCACAGCACUUCAGGCCAUCGCGUGGUAAAUGUGAGGCUGCCGCAUGCUGCAGCCCUUGGUCAAGGAGCAGUUUUUGGAGAGAAAGCAUGCCGAGGUACACGGUGCACGUCCGAGGAGAAUGGCUGGCAGUGCCGUGCCUAAGCUCCACGAACACCAUUGAGUGGCUGGGAAAGGAAGCUGUGAGACGGUACAUGAAAAACAAACCUGACAACGGGGGAUUUGCCUCAGUGGAAGAAGUAAAGUUUUACAUUCGAAGGUGCAAGGGACUUGGCUUGCUGGAUCUUGAUGAUACCGUGGGGGAUGCUCUAGAGGACAAUGAAUUUGUUGAAGUUGUUAUAGAAGGAGAUAUAAUGUCUCCAGAUUUCAUACCAUCUCAGCCAGAAGGAGUUCAUUUAUACAGCAAAUACCGAGAACCAGAACAGUAUAUUUCUUUAGAUGGCAACAGCUUAACAACGGAGGACUUGGUCAAUUUAGGAAAGGGACUCUACAAGAUAAAGCUCACAGCCGAAGCUGAAGCUAAAGUCAAAGAAUCCCGAGAAGUGAUUGAAAGGAUUGUAAAGGAACAGACAGUUGUUUAUGGAAUCACCACGGGUUUUGGAAAGUUUGCCAGGACUGUAAUCCCAAACAGUAAACUGAGGGAGCUUCAAGUGAACUUGGUUCGUUCACAUUCUGCAGGUGUGGGGAAACCUUUGACCCCAGAGAGAACUCGCAUGCUGUUGGCACUGAGAAUCAAUGUCCUAGCCAAAGGAUACAGUGGAAUAUCCCUAGAAACCCUCGAGCAAGUUAUUGAAGUGUUUAAUGCAUCCUGCCUUCCUUAUAUCCCAGAGAAAGGGACAGUUGGAGCCAGCGGAGACUUGGCCCCUCUCUCUCAUCUUGCUCUGGGAUUAAUUGGAGAGGGAAAGAUGUGGUCCCCGAAGAGUGGCUGGGCUGAUGCUAAAUAUGUCCUGGAAGCCCAUGGACUGAAACCAAUUACCUUGAAACCAAAAGAGGGUCUGGCCCUCAUCAACGGGACACAAAUGAUCACCUCUCUGGGAUGUGAGGCGGUUGAAAGAGCCGGGGCUAUAGCGAGGCAAGCUGACAUCAUCGCUGCCCUUACACUUGAAGUCUUGAAGGGUACAACGAGGGCCUUUGACACUGAUAUCCAUGCAGUGCGCCCGCAUCGAGGGCAGGCUGAAGUGGCCUUUCGAUUCAGGUCCCUCCUGGAUUCUGACCAUCAUCCAUCAGAAAUAGCAGAGAGCCAUAGAUUCUGUGACCGAGUUCAGGAUGCGUACACAAUGCGCUGCUGCCCUCAGGUCCAUGGAAUUGUAAAUGAUACAAUUGCUUUUGUGAAGGACAUAAUAACAACAGAAAUCAACAGCGCCACGGAUAACCCUAUGGUGUUUGCUGAAAGAGAAGAGACCAUUUCUGGAGGAAAUUUUCAUGGUGAAUAUCCUGCAAAGGCUCUGGACUAUUUAGCAAUUGGUGUGCAUGAACUUGCCGCAAUUAGUGAAAGAAGAAUUGAGAGGCUCUGCAACCCCUCACUGAGUGAACUGCCUGCAUUUUUAGUCACUGAAGGAGGUCUGAACUCAGGCUUCAUGAUUGCACACUGCACAGCAGCGGCCCUGGUGUCUGAGAACAAAGCCUUGUGCCACCCAUCUUCUGUGGAUUCUCUCUCAACCAGUGCUGCUACAGAGGAUCACGUGUCCAUGGGAGGAUGGGCUGCAAGAAAAGCUUUGAGAGUUAUUGAACAUGUGGAACAAGUUCUGGCUAUUGAGCUGCUCGCCGCCUGCCAGGGCAUUGAAUUCCUACGCCCUCUGAGAACGACAACCCCAUUGGAGAAGGUCUACGACCUUGUACGCUCUGUGGUGAGGCCCUGGAUAAAGGAUCGCUUCAUGGCCCCAGACAUUGAAGCAGUUCACAGGCUGCUUGUGGAGCAGAAGGUGUGGGAAGUGGCUAAACCUUACAUUGAAAAGUACAGGAGGGAACACAUCCCUGAAUCAAGACCCAUUUCACCUACAGCUUUCUCCCUGGGGUCGCUGAGAAUGAGUGCAGAUGAUAGUCAUGACCACAGGCAUCAGAAUGAACUUUAAGAGUUCUGAUCCUCUGGAAGAGAGCAGAACCUUUUCAGAACCUUAUCUGAGCAUGGCUGUUCUACUCAAAAUCAAUGUGGUUUCUCCAGGUGACCUAGAGGACCUGUCUGUCUAGCUCAGAAGCACAAAUAGUAAAGAAAAGUCUCACUGCUUUCCUCAUGUGUAAAAGACAACUUUGUCGCGAUAGUGUGGUUUUGACUGAAUUUCACGAACUUCUGAAUACAAAUCAUUCAGACUGCUGCUGAAACCAGUAUUUUUGUCAACAUUUUGUUUGUUUUCUCUUCAUCUGUGACAAUGUUAUCAAACGGAUUAAGUUUGAUAUUCUUACCUUUUUUCUCCCCCUUUGGAUAACUGCUGUGAUCCCCUUCAUUUUGCCACAAACAAGAUUAUCUUUACACUUAAUUCUUCUCUCAUUUGCAGAUCACAUGUGAGGUACAGGCUCUUGUAUAACAGGAGCAUUUUUAGAGCAGAUGCUUCACAAAUCAGAGAAGCUGUGUGCAUAGGAAUGUGCUAUGGAGAUCAUCACUCCAGAAAAAAUAUAUUCUCUUCUGGUGAAGGACUGCAUUUAAUGCAGCUUUCCAAGAGCUCUGGGCUCACACCUGCAAUCAAUAAACUGAGGCUUCACAUACAGCUGUAGCAAUCUA